UGCCUCCCACCUUGGGGUCGCCUCCGGUUCUCUGGCCCCGCGCGGGCGGUGCCAACCGGCCGCGCCCCCUCGUUUCCUUGCUUUGAAGGAGGCCAGCCAGUGAAUAGGCUGGAGACAGUGCAGAUCCUCCUGGACUUGCAGGUUAAUCACCUACUACCCGCAUCCUACUGGUCCGUGGGCUCCUUCCCCUCUAAUUCCCAGUGUGCAGACUUCUUCUACCCGAGGUUGGGUGACUCCGAUACCCUUGCCCCAGCCAGCAGUCCUGGAAGCCCCUCAGCGGGCACAAACUCAUUUCCUGGGGAAGGUUGCAUGGUAUAGGCUUCCUCGUCCGCUUCCUGACCCACAGGGGAUGGGCUGGCAUCCUUUUCCCGCCAAGGCAGCCCUAACUUCUGCCGGAUUCUAGUAGAAUACCCAGACCACAGUGAGGCCAGGUGUAAAGAUGCUGAUAAAUAGAUGGUAGCCAGAAGAGUGUGGAGGUUCAUGUCUAUAAUCCUAGCAUUUGGGAGGCCGAAGCAGGAGGGAGUUCUAGGGCAGUUUGGACUACAGAGUAAAACAGUUUCAAAGAUAAAAGUCGGCUUCCUUGUUUUCACUUAUUUAUAUCUUAAAGUUGUUUUUUUUCUUAAAGAAUUUGGACUUUUGUGUGUUUUACAUGAGUGGACUGGCCAGGGAGAUUAGAAGAGGGAGCCAGAUCCCUUGGAACUGGAGUUGUGAAGGUCCAUAUGGGUGCUGGGAAUCCAGCAUCCGUCUUGGGAAAAAGCGGUGCCUUAAAAUACUGAGCCAUCGAUCCAACCCUGUUUUUUCCUUUUUGUCACACGAUCCUUCUUUCUUAAAAAGACAAAAGCCCCAAAUGAUUGUAGUUGCUGUCACUCAUUGUUUUUGUUUUGCAGUGUGCGGAUGGAGACCAGUGCCUUGUUCAUGCUUUGAGAGUUGUCAGUGUGUCACAUCCCAGUCCCAGCUGCUGUUAUUAUUUUUUUUUUAAUCACAGUCCCCAUAAACUCCAGGAGAUAGCUCAUCCUGCUUCCUGAUGUGUUAGGGGCUCCAGAUGGCACUGUCUGGCCCCAACCUUCACCUUGCCCUUUCUUUCUCUCAUAUCCAAGGCUCUCCACCUAGACUUGGACAUUUCAGGCAGAUCCUAAUUAAGGGCUUAUUAAUCCAUCUGCAUUUCCGAUUGUCACAACUUGCAAGGACUUUGUCUCCCACAUGCCCAAAGUGUCGGUUCCUGUCUAUCGUUAACAAUUGUUAUAAAGAGAACCCCAUUCUUCCAAGCAAGGGUAGAGCCUUUUCCCAAUGGGGCUGUGGAUGGUUUGUGUCCUUCUCUCCACUGGUACAGGACACACCUCCUCAAGUCCUCAAGGAAAUGCUGCCAACUGCUAGGAAUGCUGGGGGCGAUGAAGGCAGCCUGCCCAGCUUGAUCCUGACUCUCCUUACAGAUGGGGCCUUUGAAGACCUGGCACAAGGUUGUGUGGUGCCAGGAGUCACCUGUACCUACAGACGGAUACCAGAUAAAACCCAUGGAUGCUCACUGGACUUCGGGGAGGGACAGAUGCCACUUCUGAAACUGGCUUCCCAAGACUCGGGCAUGGAGAUGGUGGUUGGGGAUAGCCCUUUGGCUACCUUAUCAGGACUUUCUCAAGAUUCUUUGAACCUUGAGCCCACGGGGAGCCCUGAGCUGCCUUCUGUCCAGCUAGACCGGCUGCGGGCCCGAAGGAAACUGGACCAGGUGCUGGAGAGGUCUCAAGAGUUUCCCAGCUUGUCUGGACAGCGGCGCCACUCCCUGCAGCUGCUGAGCAAGCCUGUAGGUGGAGUGCCCAUCUUUGCAGGGGAACUAGAGUCCACUGAGGCAGCCACUGAGCUAGAAGAAGCAAAGGUGGUGGGUGAUGUGGAGUCUGGAGCAUUGACCUGCCUUCCAGGGCAGGGUUUACGUUACCUGGAACACCUGUGCCUUGUGCUGGAGCAGAUGGCAAGGCUCCAGCAGCUGUACCUGCAGCUGCAGACUCAGAGACCCUCUAGGGAUCCCCAGGAGGAAGAAUUGGCUCUUGCUCUUUCAUCAUCUUCACAUAGCCCAGACAAUAGGAUGCAAGGGCACAAAGAGCAGCUAAGCCAGACAAGGGACCUAGGUGAUGUGGUUCUUUCUGAAGGUGCAGAGGCAGCUUCACUCCCAGAGGUAGGGGUGCUCAUUGCCAACGCUCCCAGGCUGCCAGAGGCCUUGCUGGAAUCAACCCACACUCUUCCAUCCUCCCAGGGACACAAGCAGGAUGUCUCCCACUGGGACAAGGUCAAGGUCCUGCUCAAUCGCAUCCGUUGGAGGAGCCCUCGACUCCCUGAGCCUCCUGCUCCUCCUGAUGGUUCUGGACCCAGGAUGGAGUUCACGAACCUCUCUGAAAGGAUUCAAUACCACUCCCACCGGAAGACCUUUAUGCCAACACUGGUGGUUAAGAAACCACGAGCAAAAAACCUUUCUGUAUGACCUCUUGGUGUGCCUGGUGACCUUGGGUGGAGGGGAUUUGCCAUGAAGUCCCAUCACCUUUUGGCUUACUGCUGUGUCUCUGCACUGCCAGGAAAAGCUAUUUGUGCUCGCUCCUCUUCAAGGUGAGGGCCAAGUCCUUCUCUAAGAAGCAUGGCCAAGGAGCCCUGGUUCCCUGAGAGAUUCUCAAGUGCAGUUCCGGCCAUCUUCCAGGGUUCUUCCUCCUUGUCAGAAAUCUCUGGGCUCAGGCAAUGUGAAGGGACUUAUUUAUCAGGUGCUCCCAGAGAGUGUUUGGCACGGUAAUAUACCAGCAUGUUGCAGAUGUAUGUUUAUGCAAUCUUUGGUGGACUAUUGAAUGCCUGGAUUCAGUCAUCUGAGGGAAUCAUGUAUCCAGAAGGUUGGUGUUUUGUGAGUAACCGUGGAAGGACGGCACUGAUCUACAUUCCACAAUGGACAGUUACUGACGUGGAUUUCUAAUUUCUUCCUCAUACCUGAGACCGCAGUCCUGGGACAGAGAACAACACUGCCUUGGGGAACUUUGUAUUGAGCCAUGGCCCUGAAGACUCAAUGGCCAAUGUGGGGAAGAUGAAGCCCAAUGUGGAGAAUAGCAAAUAACUUUCAAGGUCAAUUCUAAAUUGCUGUGUUCUCUCCUGGAAUUUAGACUAUGGCACCAUCUCUUAAUUUGUGAGCCAUAGCUUCCUGCUUGGGAUGAUGCCGGCCUUACCUACCUCAUGAGCUUGUUAGGAUAAAGUGACAUUAAAAUAUCUCAGUGUG